GGGCAAUUUUGUCGACAGAGUAGUAGUGUGCAAUUUCUAGGGGCUGAAUGGCCGGAGUUACAGGAGUCAUUGGGAAGAAGGAAGAGGGGUUGUGCUGGGGGUAGAAGGAGGUGGUGAGAGGGGGUUUUGGAGUGGUAAGGGGAGAAUGGAAGGAAGGAGAGGAGAUAUGGGGUUUUGGACAGUUUUUGAGGGUUUAGAGGCAGAUUUUGGGGUGGAGAGUUGGAGAGAGGGAGAGAGGGAGAAGUGCUUUUUUAAGGUUGUGGGGAGUAGGAUGGAGGGUUUAGAAUGUGACCGAAGGAUGGGUAGUGUUGGGAAAAUCUUUUUAUGAUUAGUUUCCAAUAAGUCAAUUUUUAAAGCUGAUUCGUCUUAGUCAUAUCUUCUAGAAUGAAAAAAUAACUAGACUAUCCCAAAUAUAAUGAUUUCUCUUUGUUUUAAACUAUCACAAGCCAGCCUCUUGAUUUGCAUCA